AUGAAUGUACGGCUUCCGAUAGAGUCGUCGUCGCCCACGGCGGUUCUCUUUGUGGCCUUCAAUAAAGAUGCGAGCUGCUUUUCCGUGGGCUUGGAAUCAGGAAUAUGCGACUUCAACGCUGGCAUCGGCCUCGUCCAAAUGAUGGGCACAUCAAACUACCUUGCUCUGGCCGGCGGCGGUAGAUCUCCCAAGUUUGCCAUCAACAAGGCCAUCAUCUGGGACGAUCUCAAGGGAAAAGUUGCGUUGGAAAUCACAGCCGUCAGCGCCAUUCGCGGCGCUCAGCUGAGUAGAGAGCACAUCGCCAUCGUCCUUCAAAACAGCGUGCGCGUCUACACCUUUGCCAAACCUCCCGAGCUGCUUCACAACUACGAAACAGCCGACAACCUCCUCGGCCUGUGCAGUCUCUCGGAGAAGAAGCUUGCUUUCCCGGGCCGCACGACUGGACAGAUCCAGAUUGUCGACCUCGGCACCGGUAACGUCAGUAUCAUCCCGGCUCACUCAUCCGCCCUCAGGGCCAUUCAACUCAGUGCCGACGGAGAGCUGCUGGCGAGUGCCAGCGAGACGGGGACCCUCAUCCGCGUUUAUUCAACCAGCAAUUGUGCCAGAUUGGCAGAGCUCCGCAGGGGCAUUGAUCCGGCAACCAUAUUCUCCCUCGCCUUCUCACCGUCUGGCUCGUUGCUGGCCUGCACCUCCGACAAGGCGACGCUACACAUUUUUGACGUCCCUCAGCCCAGUAAGGGAGCGGGUGGCGCUCGCAGCUCUCAGCACAGCGGUCAAGCCCAGGAGGCAGACCCGGGCAAAUGGGGCAUCCUGAGCAGACUCCCUUAUAUGCCGCGAGUCUUCUCCGACGUCUAUUCUUUCGCCUCGGCGCCCUUUGACGCCGGCAACGAGUCCACCUUGGGUGGCAUACCCUUUUCCGAAGCCACCGCCCUGGGUACCACGAGGCCUCCCAAGGGCAUCAUUGGGUGGAUCAGCGAGGACAGCCUCGUGGUUGUCGGUGCAGGCCAACAGGCAAAGUGGGAGAAAUUUACGAUCAUGGCAGGCGACGACGGAAAGCGACACUGCGUUCGCGAGGGCUGGAAGCGAUAUCUGGGAACUUCGUAA